AUGAAGGAAGUCACCCUCGACGACAUACAAGUGAAUAAUCCGCACGCGACACCGGAAGAACGCGAGCGGCUACGUCGCAUCAUCUGGAAGAGACGCCACUUGUUGAUCGGAGCUGGUAACGCCUUACCACCGGCCGCCUCUCAGCGAUGUCGACGGGUAGCGCCACAAUUCCGCGAGAAGCUGUCCAUGCUCAUCAAGGGACUGCUGUCGGCCAAGAUCAUCACCACUUCCACCUCACCUUGGGCGUCACCCAUCGUUGUCAUCAUCAAGGCUAACGGGGUUGACAUUUGCCUCUGCAUCGACUACCAGGUGGUGAACAGCCUUACGAGGUUGAUGGUAUACCCCAUGCCGUUGAUCAACGACCUCCUCGAAGACUUUGACAAAGAACUCUGA